UUUCUGGUUAAACGUAUAUCUCAUCUUGGCUAUUGGUCACAUAUUUGUGAGUUCCUCAUUUUUAAGUCACUUCUUGAACACUUUAAAAUUCAGCCUCACUUCUGAGGAACUGGGCUCCUCUAUACACCUCAGGAAAAUACUAAGAUGGCUGGAGCUCUGACUUUCCUCCUCAUUGGCUGUCUGCUGAAAGGCGUCCUGUGUGAAGAGUUUAUGGUCACUUUGCCGAAGACUAUAGAGGUUCUGAAAGGAUCCUGUGUGACCAUCCCCUGCUCCUUUGAGAUACCGAGAAGAUUUCAAUAUAACUUAGAUAACACAUGUAAAGCAAUAUGGAAAAACAAAGAUGAGGAUACCUAUACCAGCGAUAAUCCAAAUCUAAUUACAACAAAAGAAAUGACAGGAGACUUAACAAGAAAAAACUGCACCACAACCUUCAAUAAUCUGUAUCUUAAUUACACCAAUGACUAUUACUUCAGACUGCAAUGUGACAAUCAACUGAAAUGGAAUUUUCACGAUGCUUCUGUGAAUAUUAUUGUCAAAGCUGAUCCUCCCUCACCGACUCUGACUCCGUCCACACUGGAGGAGACGGAGGGAACCUCAGUGAGGUUGAAGUGCUCUGCUCCAGCUCCCUGUCUGUCUCAACCUCCAACUGUGACAUGGACCCCCGGGCUGGGGGACAGUCAGGAGACACUGCAGGAGAAUCAGGAC